GUUUCAUUUCCUAGUUUCAAUAUUUACAAAUCAGCCUCACAUGGAGAAGCAACAUCACCAAGCAAUAUAUAGCAACUCCCCUGCCCAGGAAGCCACCAAAGAAACAGGACAAACCUCAGAGGAAUCUCUCAGCUGGAACCAAGAACUGCUCAACACAGCAAUCAUGAGUAAGAAUGCUGAUGAGCAUCUGAUCAAGGACAGGCUGGAGCAGUUGAGAUGCCACUUUACAUGGGCAUUGCUCAUUGAAGACACUGAAAUACCUGAUUUAGAAAACAGGGUCUUGGAGGAGAUUCAGUUCCUAGACACUAAAUACAAUGUGGGAAUACACAACCUACUGGCCUAUGUGCAACACCUGGAAGACCAGAAUGAGGAAGCCCUGAAGAGCUUGAAGGAAGCUGAAGACUUAAUCCAGCAAGAACAUGCCAACCAACCUGACCUGAGAAGUCUGGUUACCUGGGGCAACUAUGCCUGGGUGUAUUACCACAUGGGCAGACUGGCAGAAACCCAGACUUACCUGGACAAGGUGGAGAACACUUGCGCGAAAUUUGCAAAUCCCUCCUGCUACAGAAUGGAGUGUCCUGAGAUGGACUGUGAGGAAGGAUGGGCCUUGCUCAAGUGUGGAGGAAAGAAUUAUGAACGGGCCAAGGCCUGCUUUGAAAAAGCUCUGGAAGCAGACCCUGAAAACCCUGAAUCCAGCACUGGGUACGCAAUUACCCUCUUUCGCCUGGACAACUUGAACAUAGCAACGGAGAAAGAAUUGGGGUUUUCUCUUUGUCCCCUAAGGCAGGCCAUCAGGCUAAAUCCGGAAGAUGCAUAUAUUAAGGCGCUCCUUGCUCUGAAGCUCCAGGAUGUAGGACACGAAGCUGAAGGAGAAAAGUACAUUGAAGAAGCACUGACCAGCAAGUCCUCGCAGACCUACGUCUGGCGAUAUGCGGCCAAGUUUUACCGAAACAAAGGCUCUCUAGACGAAGCUCUUCGACUCCUAAAAAGGGCCUUGCAGGCAACACCUGCCUCAUCCUUCCUGCAUCACCAGAUAGGGCUUUGCUACAGGGCACAAGUCAUCCAAAUAAAGCAAGCUACAAACAACCAGCCUAGGGGGCAGGAUAGGGAAAAUGUCCACAGAAUGAUAAGAUCAGCUAUAUUUCAUUUUGAAUUUGCUGUGGAACAAAAGCCUACAUUUGACGUUGCUUAUAUGCAUCUGGCAAGUAUGUAUAUAGAAGCAGGCGACCACAGAAAAGCCGAAGACACUUAUCAAAAAGUGUUACGCAUGAAAUCACUCAAAGAGGAAACAAAGCAAAAAAUACAUUUCCACUAUGGCCGGUUUCAGGAAUUUCAAAGGAAAUCUGACACCAGUGCAAUUACCCAAUAUAUAGAAGCACUAAAAAUAGAAAAGGCAUCCUUUUCAAGAGAUAAAAGCAUCACUGCUUUGGAGAAAUUGGCUUUAAAGAAACUUCGGACAAACAAAUCAGAUGUGGAAAGUUUGAGCCUCCUUGGGUUCAUCCACAAAUUGAGAGGGGAAAUGAAUGAAGCCCUGGAGUACUAUGAGAGGGCCUUGAGGCUGGUUGUUGACUUUGACAACUCUGUGGAACAUGGUCCCUAGGUGCUAAAAUGUCAGCCACUUUCACAUUUCACGUUAGGUCAGCAUGUAGUGAUCAUCUUUUCUGCUUACUGCUUUCAGAAAUUUAUUACAUACUUCACUGUAAUGAUACAAUUUUUGAACAAUCCUCAAACCUGAUAAAAUGCUAGUUUUAUUCAGAAAAUAAUGUGCAUGUGUUUGUGUAUAUGUGUGUGUGAAACCAUUUCUGUUUGAAUGCUAUAUACUAGAAAACCAGUUUGUUGAAUAGAUUUGUAGUAAUCUUUUUAUUAAUCUUUUUAAUAAAAAGACUGGACUCACAUACACUAAAAGAGUUCAUUCAUUCAUUUUAUCAACAAAUAGUUUUUCAAUGAUAGAUACCAAACAUCCUAUGGUGAACAAAGUAGACAUUUUUCCAACCCUCAUGCAGUCUACAGUCUAGUGAGGCAGACAAAAAACCAAGAACACAAUCUAUUAAAGAUUAGCUUUCUCCAUGAUAAUAUUUGAAAUUCAAUUCAUUGUCAAAUUGUUCCAGUUUCUCUUGUACUAUGCCAUGUUAUUUGCAGCACUAUUUCAGUGACUUGCUGAUAAUGAUCUAGUUAGAACAAGAAAUAUGGAAAGGACUCUAAAUAAUCUGAGAGACCAUCUGAAACAAUCAUCUUUGAUUAUGCCUAACCACAUUUUAUUAAAAAGCAAUGUAAACAAAUAAUUUUUUUUAACAGGUAAAAGGUUUGAAAAAUAAGGAAGCAAUGUUAUUGUUUUUCAUUCAUGUAUAUGUUUUGAGGGAGGAUGUAUUCAUUUCUUUUUGUGGCUGUAACAAAUUACCACAGACUUGGUGGCUUAAAACAAUAGAAAUGUAUUCUCACACAGUUCUGGAGGCUAGAAGUCCAAAAUCAAGGUGUCAGCAGGGCCGUGCUUCCUCUAAGGCUCUAGGAAAAAUUCUUUCUGGCUGCUUCCUAGCUUCUAGGGGCUCUUAACAAUCCAUGGCCUUCCUGGGCUUGUGCUGCAUCACACCAAUCUCUCCCGUCAUCUUCACAUGGCCUUCUACAUCUCCCUCUCCCUUCUCCUACAAAGAUGCCAGUCAUUGGAUUUAGGGCCUACCUUAAAACCAUAAUGAAUUCAUCUGGAGAUCCUUAACUAAUUACAUCUUCAGAAACCCUACUUCCAAACACAAGCUCACAUUCUGAGGUUCAGGUGGACAUGAAUUUUGGAGGAACACUAUUCAAUCUACUAAAGGAAGCAUUUCCUCUAAACCAAUACAGGGCAUCCAGCAGGAGCCCUGAAGCCAAGGAGGCCACCAGCAUACAAAUUCCCAAGGAAUUCACAGAAAUAUUGGGGAGGGCUUUGGAUUGACAUCAGAAUUCUAUAGGAACUGAAGGAACAAGCAAAAUGUAUCCAUAUCACUGAUGGUCAGGCAUCCGAGUUACAAAAAGAAGCAAUCUUCCCAAUCUCUUUAUCACUAAAACAAGAGACUCAUUAGCAAAAAGAAUAACAUUUAACAAAAAGAAUAACAAAGUGCUUGUGUUGGGGGGCAGGGAGAAAGGCAGUAUAGUAACUGCUGAAACACAUCUAACCACUGCCAACUCUCCCCGAGUCAGAAAUAUUGAAAAUAAAUAAUUGUUGGAUAAUUGGACGAUUCUCUGGCCAUUAGGCAACUCUUCCCAGGUACUGCACAUCAUUUGCACCCAGAAAGCAGAGCUUAUUAAUACAAAAUAUAUCUUUGGAUCAUGUAAAGUGUUUGUGUGAGGUGUGUUUCACAAUCUGCAGAGAUCACAGUUAUUCAGUGUCUUCUAACUGAACACUACCUCCCUGUCCCAUCCUUCCCAACUCUGGGAGAGCUCUGCACACGUCAGGGCUCAGUAAAGCUGAGACAGUCUGCUGUGAGACAGUCUGCUUGUUUGCAGAGAAAAACAAAACAAAGCAAAACAAAACACAGCAAAUCCAGGAACAUGGAUGUUCUUUUGCAUUGAAAAUACUAUUGCUAAACUUAUACAUGAGUAUCUCCAGGUAUCACCAAGAGAUCUCUUUAAAUUGGCAGCUGAAUUUCAGGAGCUUAUUACUCCCAUAUAAAGGACUGACAGAACUUAUUUAGAGUUUCCUCCACUCAAGAAUUUCUACCAGUGCCUAGUGAGUAUUUCUCAUAUACACCUAAAUCAGGCCAAGCCACCACUCCCAUAUUCACUACUGUCACAGGUGCUCUAGCUCAGGCCAUUGCUAAUGGCUGCCUACACACCACUGCAGGCCCCAGCAACUUGAGGACCACCCUACCCACCAAUGUCUCCGUUCUUAUAAAGCUACUAGAGCUGUAACUGUGUUGGGAUUCGGAGCCUCUACCCUAUAGCCUGCCACUGCUUAGAAUGCCCAUCCUCAGCCUGUGGCUACAGUGCUGUGCUUUGUGCCUGGCCAGACCAAAUGUGGUAUGUCUACUUCACUCUGGAGUCCCAUGCUGAAGGGAGUAGGCUUCUUUGGCAUUCCCCUGGAUAUUCACCCUUUCACCCAGACCUCCUCCUCUUGAACCCCAGAACCAUCCCCC